AUGAGCGCGCCAACCAAAUCUCCGUCUUCUGAGUACGCUGAAACUCAUCUCCCAGAUAGUACUGAUUCCAGUGUUCGUUACGCUGCAUACGCGAGCCGCUUGAGGACCAUCGCCCUUGCGUCUCACAGAUAUGUGGCUUACACAUCCGAUAUCGGCGAGUCAUUCAGACCCGUGUUUUCGCCUCUUCUUGUCAAACUAGGUUACGGUGUUUCGUGGGCUUACAUACUGGGCGAUGUGUCUUACACUGCUUGGGUGGCAAAACUGCAGAAAGAGGGCAGAUACAGGGAGGGGCUGAAACCUUGGGACCCUGUACCACCUGUGGACCCAAACAUGGUCGAGAAAGGCACACUAGAGAAGUUGCCCGACUGGAAAAUGGUCGGACUAGAAAGAAUGAUCUUUCAAAGCGUGGCUUCCAUGGGUCUCCCAGCUUUCACCAUUCACUCCACAGUCAAGUACUCUGGAAAGUGGUUCAACAAGGCGUUCCCCAAAAAUGCAGCGCUAAGGACUUGGGGUCCCAUUGGUCUCGGAUUGAGUGUAGUUCCCGCGUUGCCUUACAUUUUCGAUAAGCCAAUCGAGCGUUUGCUAGAGCAAGUGUUCCACCCCGAGCACGACAAGCAAGAGUAA